UUGUCUUUUCCAGAUUUCUGCAUUGUAUUGAGGGCCAUGUCUCACAACAAGAUUUCAGUUGUUCUUCUGGGAAAUGUGGAUUAUCUGAAAAAAUCCCUGAUUACCAUCAUCCUGGGGAAAGACGCGAUUAAGCUCUCUGAAACAGGGGCUCUUAAAAACCGAGAGAUUUAUCAAGAUGACAAGUUUGUGUUCACAUGUAUAUCAGACACAACUAAUGCCAUAAAAGAGUUGUUUCUGGAGAAUCCGGUCCCUGACAUGUGUGUGUUGAUGGUGGAGAAUGAGUUUUCACUAGAUCAUGUGUGGCAGCAGAUAGGAAAUCUGAAGGAGGUCACUGGAAAACCUAAAGAUGAGUUCAUAGUUGUGCUGCCUGGGAUCAGAACUACUCCAGAUUACCCAUUCAAAUGCUACACCAUGCUGCAGUUUUUCACUCAGCUGAACGAUCUGGUGAAAAUGAAAGAUGAGACAAAUAUGAGACAUGCUUACAACCCUGGGUCACAACAUCAAACGGAUAUGAAAGGUGGCAGAUUUAGCAACACGACCUACGAGGACCCUAUGAUGACUUCAAAAAGAAAGUGCACCAUCACCAAUGUGAACCUUGUUCUGGUGGGAAUGGCAGGCACUGGAAAGAGUGCAAGUGCAAACUCUAUUCUUGGGAAGGAAGCUUUCCUGUCCACAUCCAGUUCAUCUUCAGUCACCAGAGAAUGUCAGGUGGAACAAAGAGAAAUAAAUGGCGUACAUGUACGUGUGAUUGAUACUCCAGACAUCUUUGAUGAUGAAAUGCCAUCAUCAGUUAGAGAAAAACAUGUAAAAAGGUGCAAACAGCUUUGCGAGUCAAAACCUUGUGUGUUUGUACUUGUGAUGCAUGCGAGCAGAUUUACAGAUGGUGAGAGAGACAUACUAAAAAAAUUAGAAAAAGCUUUUGGGAGCAAAGUUAGAGAAAAAACUGUUAUACUGUUCACCCGAGGUGAUGACUUGCAGCGCGCACGAAUGAGCCUGGAGGAUUUUCUGCAUCGCUGCCAACCUGCUCUGAAGGAAAUAAUUCAAAAGUGUGGCAACAGGUGUGUCCUCUUUGAGAACAUGUCAGAUUCAUGUCAAGUGGAAAAAUUAAUGAACCUAGCAAUCGCUUUGUCAAAACAGUAGAACGUAUCAUUGAAAAUCGUACCAAAAAAAAAAAAUUGGAUCAUUUCUUUUGAAUAUAAAUAUGAAUAAACAAGACCUUGAGAUGAUUUUAUCUCAUUAGUCAUACAUUUAAAGUUAGCGCUGCUUUUGUGUUUUCAAAUCUUUUUUAAUCCUUUUUUCAGCGUUAAA